GUUAUCCUUUCCUUGCUUGAAGGCUAAGAAUCUCUUCUUACUAUAUAAACUCAAAACAGGCACAUCAAACCGUAAGAAGAAAAACAAAACAUGUCGAUGAACACGUCCAUGUUCACGAAAAGAGACGUUGAAAGCGGUGGCGCCGGUGGCGGUGCCAGGCCCCUCUACCCCACCAUGCUCGAAAGCCCUCAACUCCGGUGGUCCUUCAUACGCAAGGUAUACAUCAUCUUAACACUUCAGUUGCUCCUUACCAUCGCCGUCGCCGCCGUCGUCGUCUUUGUUCGCCCCAUCGCUCACUUCUUUGUCUCCUCCACCCCAGGCCUUGCUCUUUACAUUCUCCUCAUUUUCAUUCCCUUUAUAACGUUGUGCCCUCUUUACUAUUACCACCAGAAACACCCUCUUAAUUACUUCCUUCUCCUCAUUUUUACCGUUACUUUGGCGUUUGCCGUUGGAUUGACUUGCGCCUUUACUAGCGGGAAAAUUAUUCUGGAAUCUGUCAUAUUGACUACUGUGGUGGUGUUCAGCCUGACUAUCUACACCUUUUGGGCCGCAAGGAGAGGCCAUGAUUUCAACUUUUUGGGCCCCUUCUUGUUUGGAGCUUUGCUAGUUCUUCUGGUCUUUGCCUUGAUACAGAUUCUGUUUCCAUUGGGUAAGUUGUCACUGAUGAUCUAUGGGUGCCUGGCAUCAAUUAUAUUUUGUGGCUACAUCAUAUAUGAUACAGACAACCUUAUCAAGAGAUUCUCCUACGAUGAGUACAUAUGGGCUUCGGUGUCCUUGUAUCUAGAUGUCAUCAACCUCUUCCUUUCUCUGCUUACUGUUUUUAGAGCUGCUGAUUAAGAAGAUGGUUGUAGUAGCAUAUACUCCUUGCCUUGGUACAUAUGUUUGCUUUAACGAACUAGAAUUUUAUGUGAAAAGAUAGUUCUUAUGAAGUUAUCUCCAUAAUUCCAUGUAAUUGUCGCUGUUGGUAGGCUGUUGCCUAAAAAAUGGAAUUUUGCACUGAAUUGUAAAUACACAUUUACCCUAUUGAUAA